CUGGGUGCAGGUGGUGGAUCCUCACGCUGAGGAAAACACUCCCUCCUUCCCCUCUCCUCUCUCUGUCUACAACCAUGGCGGAUCGAGACAAUGGCGAUGUACUGAUGCUGGAAGCUCCACCUUCUUAUGGGCGCCAAGCAUGUUCUUCCCACGCGGAAAUCAUCGACGCUUUGCCUUACAUCGACUCCGACUACGCCGACCCCAAAGUGAAGUUCGAGGUUGACCGUCUCGUGGAGGAAGAAAUGCGCCGCAGUACCAAGAUGCCUGCUGACUUCCUCAAAGAAUUACCCCCACUUCCCACCUUGAAUUUUGAGGAGUACCCAAUGGUUGGUAGAGAGUACGAGCGUGUAAGAGCCGGAAGGCCUCCCGUUACUCUUGAUAGGUCGCGUUAUGAAUUUGAAGUGCCAGCUGCCAAUAAGAGGAACGAUGAAACUGCUUGGAAGCAAGCACUUCGGAGAUCUCAACGCCUUCUUCAAUAUCAGAAUAUCAGGAUGGAAAAUGUGGAUUUGUUGUUAAAAUAUGGCACCGAUGCCUGGAAACAACACAACAAUCGAUUGGAAGUAUAUUUGACAAGAAUGCAGAAAUUAGCUCAGGAACUUGGUGAAAAGAUUGAAAAUGUAAAUCGUGAAAGGAAAUAUCAUCAGCAAAAUACUGCUUGCGAGCUCAAUGCUUUGUCCAUGCAAUGGAAGGAUCUGUGUCAGAAAAAUAUAGACAUCCAAAUUGCUUGCGCUUCUCUUGAAGCUCGCAUAAAAGAACUGAAAACAGAAGCAGCAGAACGAGGUUGGAACCUGGAAGCCAUCACAGAAAAUAGACCGUUGUCGAUUUCAGAAGUAUGAGAUUACCCCUCUCCUCCUCCUUUUUGUUCUCUCAUGUUUUUUAUCAACUAUCUAGUGUUGUUUCUGGAAUGAAUUUUAUUUGGUUCAGAACUUCUGAGGUUGUUGCUGAUAAAAUUCAAAGGGUUUAUGGAUGCCAAGGAGUUCAAAUACAUAAUAGACAUAUUGAGAU